AUGGAUGUUAAGUCUGCCUUCUUGAAUGGAUAUCUUGAUGAGGAAAUUUUCAUUGAGCAACCACCUUGUUUUGUGAAGAAGGGUGAAGAGCACAAAGUUUAUAAAUUGAGGAAAGCCUUAUAUGGUCUUAGACAAUCACCUAGAGCUUGGAAUAGCCGAAUAAAUUCUUAUUUUGAGAAGAAUGGGUUUCAUAAGUGUCCAUAUGAGCAUACUCUAUUUGUCAAAAAUCAUGGCAAAGAAGGUUUCAUCAUUGUGAGUCUUUAUGUUGAUGAUUUCAUAUUCACUGGCAACAAUAUGGAGUUAUUAAAUAAUUUUAGAGCAUCAAUGAAAAGGGAGUUUGAAAUGACAGAUUUGGGGAAACUACAUCAUUUUCUAGGAAUUGAAGUUCAUCAAGGCAGAGAAGGAAUUUUUAUUUCUCAGGAGAAAUACGCAAAUGAUAUUUUGAAGAAGUUUAAAAUGGAGCAAGCAAAUCCUGUGUCAACUCCAUGUGUUGCUGGAUUAAAGUUAAACAAAAAUGGUGAAGGAAAACUUGUUAAUCCAAGUGUUUUUAGAAGUCUAGUUGGAAAUUUGAUGUAUCUAACGGCAACAAGGCCUGAUAUCAUGUUUGCUGUUAGUUUGGUGAGCAGAUUUAUGGAGAAGCCAUAUUCAAAUCAUUUGGAAGUUGCUAAAAGAGUUUUGAAAUAUGUUAAAGGGACCAUUGAUUGUGGUAUAUUUUAUCAAGCAAAUCUUCCAAUUACUUUUAUGGGUUACAUUGAUAGUGAUCUUGCUGGAAGUGUUGAUGAUAGUAAAAGUGUUGUUGGUUAUGUGUUCAAUAUUGGGAGUGGAGCAAUUUCCUGGAUGUCAAAGAAAUGGCCGGUGGUAGCACUUUCAACCACUGAAGCAGAGUAUAUAGCUGCUUGUGCUGCAGGUUGUCAGAUUAUCUGGUCACAAGGAGUGUUGGAAAGUCUCAAGUUUAAGCCAGAAAAGCCAACUAUUUUGUUUUGUGAUAAUAGUUCAACCAUAUCAGUUGCUAAAGAUCUUGUUCUUCAUAGGAGGACUAAACAAAUACGAACUAGAUUUCAUUUUCUAAGGGAUCUUAUCAAAGAUGGCACAAUUCAAAUUGAAUAUUGCAGAAGCAGAGACCAGGUAGCAGAUAUCUUAACAAAAUGUCUCAGCCAACAGCUUUUCAAAGAGAUAAAUGCUAAGCUUGGAGUUAAAAGAGAAUUUGGUUUACAGGAGGGAUUGUUAGAAUAA